UAUUAAUAUUUUAUAGUUUAGCAAUUAAAUAAGAGGCAGCUAAUGAGACCAAACGCGCAUUCAACGCUAAUGGAAACACUAACUUCCACACGCUUGCAUCGCCCACACUUGCCCACAACUGUGAAAAUGGUUGAAGAAGCUACACUCUCGCUAAGUUCCCGCCGCGGCUUCUCAUUACAUAAGCUGAAGAAGUACAUUAGCGAGAAAUAUCAGUUUGAAUUGAGUUCAAAACGGAAUAACUUGAUUAGAACGCAUUUGCGUGCACAAUUGGUCGAUGGCACGCUAAUAAACGUGUCCGGUAAAGGUUUAACUGGCACCAUGCGGAUAGCAGCAAAAACGAAGAAAAGUACCACUAGCAACACUAUUGCUAGCGAAAUGCAACGAAGUGGAGGGCGAAACGGUAGCGCAGAUGCGACAUUCGUUGCAGUUAAACGCAAGAAAGCUGUUGGCAAAACAAAGAGCGCCAACAAGGCAACAAGUGGUUCGCAAGCAAGGACACCGCCUAAUAAGAUAGCGAAACCGUUGUUGAUACCAGAUGCACCACAACGCAACUCAAUGUCGGGUCACACUCAUUUGGAGGCAGGUGGAGGAACACCUUGCUCUUCUGGCGGGCGCGUGGGACGUAAACGAAAGUUGUUGCCGCCAGCGCUGGAGUACAUUGCGCUUUCGCAGGAAUAUUGAGUGUGUGUGAGUGUUACUGGCUAAACUCAAGCGUGGUAUUUUGAGUUGAAUUGCAGAGUAGCAGAAAAAGAAGUUUAUAAAGUUUAAAUUAAAAAUGGAAGAAGUGAUAUAGGAAGAAAUUGUAUUUGGCUUCGUGCAGUAUUACUGUGUAAUACUUUUAAGUGAAGCAGUAUUGUUAAAGUGCCUAUUAGAACUUCAGUGUAAAUAUGUGAAUAUCAUAAUUUAGUUAAAUUUGAAUUUUGUUACUACAUUUUUAUGUUGUUGAAUUAAGCAGGUCUUAUUUAAAUGAGCUAACACUUGUUUAGUGAACUUUUAUUUUUUAUAUUUAUUGGCGUUAAUUAAUAUUACAAUUAAUACGCAUUUAAUACAAAGUACAUACAUUUUAAAUUAAAAUAAUAUUUCGUUUGUUUGUUUUCCCAUAGUUCUGCUAACAUUAGGCUACACUAUUCGUUUCAUAUUUGUUGUGGAGAUUUUUUCUAUUAAUUUAGAAUAAUUUUACUAGAAAGUAAUAUAUUUUUUGCUCUUGUGAUGAAUAAUGCUGCACUUGGAAAUUAACUGCAUACAAACAAUACUAAAAUAUUUUUCUUUAAUUAAUACUUCUUUAUAUAAUUUGAAAAUUAUUUCGAAAUCGAAGCAGACCGAACAUGCUUUUUUUGGAUUUAACUUAUAAGUUUUCACAUACUUGUAUAAACUACUGGCCGUUUCCCCAAGAAUAUACAUCUAUUUGGUGUACGUAUUUUGCACGUGCGUACAUUUUACCAUGUACAAUGAGUUUGCCAGAACAGACAUACUUGUGGCGCGCAUUAACAUUUCACGUGCAACAAAAAAAACUAACAAAACAAAAAACAUUGCAUUUCAUAUCAAUUGAACUACAAGUAUACGCAUAUAAAUAAAAAAAAAACAUU